UUGAUCGUCCCCGUCGCCACCCUGAAGUUCAUCGUUAUUAUCUUGGCCGCCGGGAUGGUGGCCUUCAUCGGAGCGGUUAUCUGCAUCAUCGCAGCCGUCCACACCGGAUCAUCCAGGGCUGCCGCGGCACAACAGCAACCGUCAACCGACAACCACUCGCUGUAUCCGAACGCGGCGGUGCAGAGCCCCGCUGCAUCGGGCUCCGUGGCCCGGGCCGGAUCUCUGGGCGCUCUCCAUGGUUCUGAAACGCCCGAUUCAGAAGUACCAACAUUCAACAUCGGGCUCGGCGGGCUGGACGGGGUCAGUGGACUCACCGGGCAUGACCCGGCGGUCAGUCGACUCAUCUGCACGCCGAUACCCGCCGGGGAGUGCAACCCGAAAAACUUUCAACAACAAGCGGAAGACCCGUCGCUGUACGCGGGGGAAGACUGGGGCUACCUCCGCACGACCGCGGAGGAGCUCCGGCAGACCGUCCUGCAGCAAAAGGACCAGAUAUUAACAGACCAGCAGACCAUCAGGGAGCUGACGGGGAAACUAUCCGACUGUGAGAAGGGGCUGGACGGCAGGAGCAGCAGCGCGGACAGACGCGGCAGCGCUGCGGGGCUGUGGGGGGGCAAAAUCACGGCGGAGGAGACGCACCUGGAGCGGAUCAUGGUGCGGGACAGUCCGGGUUCGACGCCCGACGGUGUCCACUUGCUCACCGUUAGGGCUGUGGAUGAACUGGAGCAGGCUAUCACACAGCUCAAAGACCGCAUAGAGAAACUGGAGUCAGACAUUGGCCCAUUUCCUCACAACCAGACGGACAGCAACACCUCAGGAGCGCCAGAGGAAGGCGUGAUUUCUGGCGGCCAGCAAAGGUUGGCCGAUCCCGGACACAGAGGUGGUGCUGACAGGCCCUGGAAGAUACAAGACUUGGAGGGGGAGCUGGAGAGAAAGGUGGAGCUGCUGGCGAAAGAGAGAAAAACUCUGAGGCUGGAAACUGAGAAGCACAGGCAAGACAUCGACCAUGGCAUCAAUAAACUGCACCACCGGAUCUCAGGACUGGAGGGAGGUGUCUCAGGGCAUUCAUUCCCAGAGGGCUACAGGCUGUCCUUCCCAACCCGGACAAACUACAUGUACGCUGUUGUGAAACACUCCAUCCCAGCGCUGAGGGCCCUCACCGUCUGCCUGUGGCUGCGGCCCGCAGAGGGAGGAAUCGGGACACCUCUGUCUUACGCUGUUUCCGAACAACCCAAUGAACUGGUGCUGCUGCAAGGCCUGCAUACCCCCACUGAGCUGCUCAUCAAUGACAAGGUGGCGCAGUUGCCUCUAAACCUCUCCAGAGGCAGCUGGCAGCACAUUUGUGUGAGCUGGAGCCAGAAGGGAGGAGCCUGGCAGGCCUACCAGGGGGGAAAGCUGAGGGGCGAGGGUCACGGACUAUCAGCCGGGCAUCACAUCAAACCUGGAGGAGUGCUCAUACUGGGGCAGGAGCAAGAUUCCCUGGGUGGAGGUUUUGACUCAUCCCAGGCCCUGGUUGGAGAGCUGUCCCAGGUGGGUCUUUGGGACCGGGUCCUGUCCUCCAACCAGGUGGCUAGCUUGGCCCGCUGUGGCAAAGUAACCCAAGGCAGUGUGGCCCCCUGGACCGAGAACGGAGUUGAGGUUUACGGCGGAGCAACCAAGGACCCAGGGGAGCCUUGUAGUAAACACAACAGGAGUUCUCAAUGACCGAUGGGGGAAGGGGAAGUGAAGGGAGAUAGGAGGGGUAGAGUUGUAGUCCUUUCAAGAAGGUAGGAUUCUGCACAUUUCAUCUCUGCUACAGGAUUUUCUAAACAAUUCUAUGUGGCAUGGACUGACAAGUUAAUACAAAAUCACCACACGUCUAGCAACCACAUCCAAUGCCUUCAUGGAGGUCCACUGGAGAAUAGUGCAAUACAAGAUGAUAUUUCUCACAAAUAUAGCUGUAGUGUUGAUACAGAUCACAGUAACUUAAAAGUUAAAAGAAACGUUUUUAAUAGAUUUGUGUCCAGAUUCAGGCGACAGUAAACUAUUUUGUCAUUGGUCCGAGCUCCUCUGCGCUUUGUUAGCAAACCAGUUGUCAAAUCAGUGAAAGCAACUAAUUUAAAUGUUAACAUGGGAAUACUAGCAACAACUGAACAGGCUGCAAGCUAUUAAUUAGUGAGAUCAUUUGUAAGCAAUGACACAGUGAUGGUUAAGUUACCAAGACUAGAAUAAUAAGAUGACAAACUGUCAUUAUCUCAAUUUUAAAGGAAUUCUUAAACAUUUUGGGAAGUAUGCCCUAUACUUAUUAAUUUUCCUGCUUAGAGUUAGAUGAGGAUUGAGCAAUACCACUCUCAUGUCUGUACAGUAAAUAUGAAGCUAACGUCAGCAGCCGUAGCCUGUACAAAUCUGUACAAAAAGUGAUGAAACAACUAUUUGUUUUUGUGCGGAUUGAAAGAGGAAAUACAUUGUUAAAAAGUGAGCUUUAGAUGUGAUGGUAGGCAAAAUGUGUUACCUCUGGACAAAGCUAGGCUUUCUUUCCCCUGUUACCAUUCUUUAUGCUAAGCUAAGUUAGCUGGCUGCUGGUGGUAGCUUCAUACUUAGCUUACAUACAUGUGAGGGAUAUCAAUCUUCGAAUCUAACUCUCAGCAAGAAAGAAAACAAGUAUUCAUUGAUUUAAAACUGUGCAGAAGUGACCACUGUCUUGUCAUUCUGUUGAGUUGAGUUGUUCACAGCUGCUGUCGGAGCUGUUGACCUCCACUCUGGCUGCCAGAAGUUGUGUAAAGCCAGCUGAAAUCCCUCCAUGAGUGCAACAAGGUCAGAGUGGAGUUAAUUAAGGGCUGCGACAGCUUUAGAGUUGGGAGUAAUGGUAAGGUGAUGAAAAGCGGUGGAGAAAGUGGUUGGAAUGUUAAGUAGUAGAUGGCACCAAGGGGUGGAUGAUGAAAAAGAAAGGAAAGAGGGGGGACGGGGGGGAAAUAGAUAGAUCGGGCACUUUUAAGGAGGGAUGUUACAAUGUUUUCACCUCUGCAUGAAAUAUUAAUAUUCCUGUAAUGUCUUUCCACUGCACCGUGCAGCUGACACGUUUCACAAAAGAGGACAGUGCCUCCUUCAUCCAUGGCUGGUUGGUGGCUGUCUCUGUGUUUGUCUAUUAAGGCCUGAUGCCAAAUCUUAAACAAGAAGUCUUAUUCCCUAAGGAAAUCACCACCACUAGCUGAUUGUUACUCUUUUUUGGGGGCAUUUUACACAUUUUUGACAAGCCUUCGCCCCAUGUAUGUCAUUCUUACAACUUUUACUUCAUCUUGAAGCACAUUUUAUGUUCUUUAAAGGGGACAUAUUAUGCUCAUUUUUAGGUUCAUACUUGGAUAUAUUUUGGGUUUUUACUAGAACGUGUUGACAUGCUUCAUUGUUCAUGCUGUCUGAAUACUGUAUACCUGUAUUCUGUCUGAAACUUUUAGCUCCUGUCUCUUUAAGUCCCCCUCCUGAAAAAGCCCAGUCUGCUGUGAUUGGCUUGCGAGAAAUAUAUGGUGCAUUGGUAGUUCUUAGACGUGGGUGGACAUACUCAGAUGGGGGGGACAGUAUGUUCUAAUGAGCCAAUGAGCAUAAAACUGAAUGAGCAAUCUUAUUUCGGUUUGUGGGUUGGUGACACUCCAGAUAUCCAAAUGUGUGUGCACAAGCACUGAAAAAAGUGAGUUUUUCCUGAUACGUCCCCUUUAAAUUCAUGGUCUUGAAUGCAAGCUUCAAACAUGCAUAACAUAUACCUAUGUUAUUUUCAAAUGCACUCACAGUCAUUUUAACAUUCUUAGAUAUUGACUGUUUCUUCUUUGCCAUUGUAUACAUGCAGCCACUCAAUAAUGUGGUUUGAUUAACAACCUGCAACCUCCAACUCUUCCAGCCUUCCUACAUUCCUGCACGUGAUAAACUGACGCUAGAGCGAUAACUGUAGCGCCAUAGUUUGACUGACCGAGCUGCCAUAUUAGAACGCCUUCAUGAGAGAUGAUGUUAGAUACAGAUUGUUCAUUUCAAACACUGGCUCUCUCUAGCAUAAAACAUCCUUAGUAGAAAGUGCCUGUCAGGGUGAUUGUACCCAUGUAAACAAAUCAUAUAAUUUAUAAUUCUGACAGAAAAUUCACGCUGCAAGAUAUUUUGAACUAAUUAAGCAUCAGUGUUUCUGUGAAUUCCCUGGUAGAUUUGAAAACACAGAACUUGUGAGCAGAGCCGCCAAACUGGUGCUAAAUCAGGUCAAAAUCAUCUCGCCGUGCCUAACAGUGUUUUGGAUGAUGCCUCUCAAUCUGCAGUGUUAUUCAUCAUAUUAUGCCUGGUGUCUGUUCAGCUCAUGUAAGAGCUUUUUUGGGGCUUUUUGACAGUGGUGUGACAUUAUUCUCUUUACACUUAUUGGAAUUGAAAGCUUUUGGCAAUUGAUUUCUUACAUGACAAUUCCGAUUUUUUUUUUUCACUGUAUGCAUUGGUAUUUGUGUAUUUUCAUGUUGUUGUUUGUAUAAAUACUGUAUGUCCAUGUCUUGUAUGGUGUUGUAUUGUUCUGCAUAUGUGCCGUGUACAAACCUCAAAUCUUUAUUAAAGUCCUAAUUUUCAGA